GAGAAAAAAAUGGACUUCAUCUUAGAUCAAUUAAUAGUGGAUGCCAAGAAGGUGCACCCAUCCGAUACUGUUGUGGAAAGAACUGAAAGUACUUUAAAUGAGAAGAGGAAGACUGAACCAGCCAAAGCAAAAGAGUCUCAUUAUGUUGGCCGAGGAACAGACUUCCACCGUGUGCUUUUCCAUCCUGCUAGUCAAAGCCCAUUGGUUUCCCACUAUCUUAAGCUACAUCAAGUACAUGAUAGCAAUCCUGAAUCUCUGGGACCUAGCAUGACACGCAAAGAAAUAUCCAGACUGCCACCAGUAACCCUAACCUAUCAAGAUGUUAUCACAGAGGCUCAAAAGUUCAGAAGGAAACUUCAAAAGGACUAUAUAGGGUUACAAGAUCGAACACAAAAACAGCUAGCAGAGAUACAACAGCAACAAGUGAAUUUUAACAGAAAAAUUGAGAGGUUGAAGAAGAAAAUUUCCCAUCCUUCUGAGGUAAAGCUUCAAAGCAAGAUAAUGGUUAGCAAGUGGAAUACAACAUUAUGCCCAAAUACCUUCCUGAAGUAGAAGACGUGGAUGCUACAGAUAAAGAGGAAGAUUCAGCUAUUUAAGAAAAAAAACUCCAAAGCUGUGAAAAUAUACUUACUUGCAGAAUUUUUUCCAGUUUUUAUUAAAUUUUCUUGUUUUUCA